AAGAAUAAGUGUGUCAGAGUUGUUACGAAGCUAAGGAGUCGGCGACGGCGGUGAAAACCCUUACAUUCUGAAGACCGACCAACUGAAAUCACAAUAUUGCCUUUUCCGAUCAAUUGUAGCAGUUUUCCCGUUGGAUACAGAGGAAAACAUUCUGGAUUUGUGACAGUGAUUUUAACUAUCAGGUGGUUUCCUGACAGACUGAGGAUCUUGGCUGCCCAGCUAAACUACACCAAAGAUGGAUCAGCUGUCAGACGAGGAGCUGGACCACUCCGAGGGAGGAGAGGAGGAGGACAGUGACAAAGAAGAUCAGGAUCUAGACAAGAUGUUUGGAGCCUGGCUGGGAGAGCUGGAUAAACUCACACAGAGUCUAGAUGAUGGGAAACCAGAGACGGUCCAGAAGGCCCCUCAGAAAGCCCCUCUCAGACAGGAGACCAACAUGGCUAGCUUCUGCAACCGCUUCUCCAUAUACAACAUCAACGAGGCUCUAAACCAGGGCGGAGACGGUGUAGAUCUGGAUUCCCUGAUGGCAGACCUGUGUUCCAUAGAGCAGGAGCUGAGCAAGCCCAAUAGUGGCAAGAACAGGCUGGGUGUGCCAGGUGAUGCUAAGCUGCGCCAGAAACCCCCCGCUGGCCGCAGCAGCAGCAGCACCAAGGUGCAUGCUGGGAGCAGUGGAGGAGGCACCUCCAGCAGUGGGGGCAGCACCUCCAGCAGUACCCGGGCCUCACCAGCCUCCACGGUGGCAGCUCGCCACCGCCGCCCCAUGGCCUCCAACCUGUCCCUGGAUGAUAUCACGGCCCAGCUGGAGCAGGCUUCUCUCAGUAUGGACGAGGCUGCCAGACAGAGCUCGCACUCCCUAGCUAGCGCCUCCACCUCUUCCUCCUCCUCCACCAUGCGGAGGCCCGCCACCCACCACCACACCCACCGCAGGACGGGCUCCGUGGGGACGGUCAGCGAACACGCGGUCCGCUCCGUGUCCCACUCCUCCUGGUCGUCGGUGAACUCUGCGUCGGCCAGCAGCGUGGAUUCUCUGGAUAGUGUUCUCAGACCUUCGGAGCAGGACGGGGAAACACCCACGCCACAGGGGCCCAAUCAGGGCCCCCCGGGCAGUACAGAGCACUCCUAUCUGGACUGGGAAACCUCCAUGAUUCUGCAGAAUAUAGCAGGGAAGCCCUCUCACUUGCUGACCAAGGAGGAGCAGGCUGCCAAGACGAAGGCAGAGAAGAUCCGUGUGGCUCUGGAGAAGAUCAAGGAGGCCCAGGUUAAAAAGCUGGUGAUCAGAGUGCACCUGUCAGAUGAGAGCUCUAAGACCAUGAUGGUGGACGAAAGACAGACUGUCAGACAGGUUCUGGACAGCUUGUUGGACAAGUCCCACUGUGGCUACAGCCCUGACUGGUCCCUGGUGGAGACCAUCAACGAACUGCAGAUGGAGCGUAUCUUUGAGGACCAUGAGAACCUGGUGGACGGCCUUCUGAACUGGACCAGAGACAGCCAGAACAGACUGAUGUUCAUAGAACGCAUCGAGAAGUACGCCCUCUUCAAGAACCCACAGAACUAUUUGUUGGGGCGGAAGGAGACGUGUGAGAUGGCAGACCGGAACAAGGAGGCUCUACUAGAGGAAUGUUUUUGUGGCAGCUCUGUCUCUGUGCCUGAGAUGGAGGGAGUACUCUGGCUGAAGGAGGAUGGGAGGAAGAGCUGGAAGAAGAGAUACUUCCUGCUCAGAGCCUCGGGGAUCUACUAUGUACCUAAAGGAAAGGCCAAGGCUUCCAGAGAUCUGGUGUGUUUCCUGCAGCUGGAUCAUGUUAAUGUGUACUACGGACAGGACUACCGCAGCAAGUACAAGGCCCCCACAGACUACUGCCUGGCCCUGAAGCACCCUCAGAUCCAGAAGAAAUCCCAGUACAUCAAGUACCUGUGUUGUGAUGAUGUCAGAACACUACACCAGUGGAUCAACGGGAUACGCAUCGCCAAGUAUGGGAAGACCCUGUAUGUGAACUACCAGGAGGCUAUGAAGAGGACUGAGGCAGCCUACGACUGGUCCUCUCUCUCUAGCUCCUCUAUCAAGUCUGGAUCCAGCUCCUCCAGCCUGCCUGAAUCCCAGUCGAACCACUCCAGUAGUGAUAGUGGUGUUGCUGUGUCAGAGAGCAACCUGUCAGGCCACACCCGCUCUCAGAGCCAGGUCAGCUCCAUCUUCUCCGAGGCCUGGAAGAGAGGCACCCAGGAUGACUCUAAGUUGAGGAUGGAGUCAGUGAGCAGACCCUACCCUCUGACGCUGCCCCCCAUGCACCAGUCAGCCCCCCCAUCCCGAACCAGCUACACCAGUGUCUCCCCCGAAUCCUUGCCCUCACCCCCCGACCCUCCCCCUCCUCCUCCCCCACCUCCCCCUCUCCCCAACCCCCCUCACCAGACCGCCUCAACCCUGUUUAAGUACAGCACCAUCGCCCACCUGCAGGGUGGCGCCAACCAGGCUGCCAAUCAAUACAAUGUCCAACCAAUGGGGCAGCAGCAAGGCCCUCCAGCCCCUCCCCUCCCCAACUAUAACACGCUCCCAUUGGCACCCUCCAACUACAUCAUCAUGCCAUUGGCUCCCAGCAACUUCAACCCUCCUCCCCCUCCUCACCCCUGCUCAUUGCCUUCUCCAGGCUCUGCCAUGGCCUCUCUGAGGCUUGGCCCCCCCAGCCCUGUUCCUCAGUUCAUCCCCCCUCCUCCCCCCCAGGACCAAACCCUGCCACCCCUUCACUACCCACAGAGUAACGGCACCCUGCUCCCCCCUCCGCCCCCCGAGGAGGACCACCAGUGCCUCCCUCUCAGUAACACAGGGCUGCAGCAGUUCCUGGCCCAAAAGUUCCCCAAUAUGAACUACGACUUCUCCGACCUGGAUGGCCAACCUGAGUCCCCUCCUCCUCCCCCUCCUGCCUUCUCUCCCCUCUCCCCCACCCUGUCACCCCCCGCACCUCCUAAAACCUUCUCUGGUGUCUUCCCACCCCAGACUGCUCCUAAGACCUUUGGUCCAGGGAUCCCCCUAUCCCCAGUCUCGCCCUCCCCUCCUUCUGGUCCAAUGAAAAAGCAGCAAAGCUUCUCAACAGGCCAUUCACCCAAUCAGCCGCCUCCCACCAUGCCCAAACAGCACAGCUUCUCCUCUAAGACCCUCCCCCUGUCCGCCCCAAUCUCCCCGAACCCUUCCCUGGUCAAACAGAUAGUCAACCAGUUUCCUGGAGCUCCCCUGCCCCCCCAGUCCCCCCCGGCUGUCAAGGCCAAACCAAGAUGGCAGCCAGGGGGUCAGAUCCCCCCCCAGUCCCCAGAGUUCCCCCCUCCUCCCCCUGAGGACAGCCUGGACUUCCCCGCCCCUCCCCCUCUCCCCCCUUCCAAGAUGGGCUCUCCUAUUAAGAAGUCUCCCUCCUCCACCUCAACCGGCUCCUUCGGGAAGAGGGGGCCUCCUCCCACCCCCCAGCGCGCCUCCUCCAUCAAGUCCAACUCCUCAGGGGAGUACCAGGAGGAGGUCCAGGUCCAGAGGCAGCCUAAGAAGGUGGAGUCUCUGGUCAGCAAGUUUGCCCAGCCUGGCCUUGGCUGCUGCAACUCCUCCAUCGCCACCACCUCUGGAUCUCCUGCUAAGGACUUGGGGCCUCCUGCUCCUCCUAAACCAGGCAAGCUGAACCUGUCAGCACUCCCUCUAGCCCUCCAGGGUCUGCAGACAGGGCAGCACCGCCAGCCCAGUGGAGACUUCCCCUCACCUCCUCAGCACCGCCAGCCCAGUGGAGACUUCACCUCUCCUCUUCCAGAGCUCGAUUACUUCCCCCCUCCUCCUCCCGACUCUGAGCUGCUCCCCCCCCCCCCCCUCCCCUCUGAGCUCCACCCGGGGGCCCCCAGGGUCGCAGUCGUCAACCCCCAGCCGCAGGCCACGCCCAUCUCCCACCCCGUCAGCCAAUCAUCAUGGAAGACCCAGUCGCUGAAGAAGACUCCACCUCCGACACUCCACAGGCUGUCCCGGAGCAACACGGUCCAGGACCCCUUACCCCUGUCCCCCCCGCCCUUCAGCUGUCCCCUGCCCCCCACCCUCCCCGGGGGUCCUAAGGGGGUGGGUGGUACCCUCUCCUCGGUCCAACCCAACUUCCUGGAGGACCUGAACCGGACCUUGAAGAGGAAAUCCAUCUCUCGUCACGGCUCCCUCACGCGUCACGGCUCAUCCCGGCUGGAGCCCGUCUCCAUGGACGACAUGGCCCUCCCCCCUCCGCCCCCUGAGCUGCUGCUGGACCAGCAGAGGGGGGGGCAGGGCGGGGGCCACGGGUACAUGUCCUCAGGCUAUGCAACGAUACGACGGGGGCCGCGCCCUGCCCCACCAAAACGGGACCAAAGCACCAAACUGACGGGAGAGUGGUAGCUAGGGGGUAGCAGGGGGUGGAUAGUGGUGGUAGCUAGGGGGUGG